AGCGUGUGCCAGCGUGCGUGCGUCGUGGGGAGGAGGCCGCAUCUUCAGUUCUUGCCCCUCCCCCUCGCCCUGACCUUGCCUCCGUUGCACCACCUUGCUCACGCCGGCACGGGAAGGCCGCGAUAAGAGGGAGGCUGGCGGCGGGGACAGAGUGAGGCGUCUCGUUCCUGCCUCGUCCAGCUGCGGCAGCCAGACACUCGUUGCCCGAGCCAGCCAGCCAUGAGCAUCCAGGAGAGCGGCGCCUCCGGGGACGCCGUGAUCCUCCUGCCGCGGCUGUGUGAUGUGCCGCUCUGGAACGCCAGCGCGGUGUGGCACUCCGAGGCGCCUCGCUUCGGUCGGUGCGCCGAGCGGACCGUCUUGCUGUGGGUGCCCUGCCUCAUGCUGUGGGUCACCGCGCCCUUCUACGCCUUCCUCCUCAAGCGGCGGCCCUACGACCCCAUCCCCUGGAGUGCACUGGCCUACGUCAAGGUGAUGGUGACGGGCCUGCUGCUGGUGGCGGCGGCGGCGGAGGGCGUGUGGGCGGUGGUGGGCGGCUAUGGCACCGUCACCCCCGCGGACAUCCUGGCGCCGCCCCUCCUUCUGGUCACCUAUACACUGCACCUGAGCCUGCUGCUGGCGGGACGGCGGCACGGGAAGAGGAGCAGCGCCGUCCUGGGGGUGUACUGGCUGGUGACGCUGAUGGCAGGCACCCCACAGCUCAUCACCGCCAUCACCACCACCGUCCACCAGGAUGGCCAGCUGCCCCCCAUGCUGGUGGCCACGACCAUCACACAGUACCUCGGCGCCCUGGUGCUCUUCGUCGCCUCCUGCGUGAAUGACGUGCCCUCCGGCCUCCAGAAGCUGACACGAACAGAGAAUCCUAACCCAGAACUAGACGCAUCGUUCCUGAACCGCCUGCUGUUCGUGUAUGCGUUCCCUAUCAUCUGGCGGGGGUGGCGGCAGCCCCUAACCCCUGAGGACCUGCCCGACGCGCAGCCCGUAAACUCGGCAAGGGUGGUGUACAGCAAGUGGCGACGCGGGCUGGACGGCAGGAAGGAGCGGCACACUGGGCAGAACGUAAAGUUUGGUGAUGAUGGCCCGACUGUGAGCGCGAAGACUGAGGCAAAGGUGUCCCUGGUGCGCAGCAUCUGGCAGCAGAACCAGUCCUCCAUGGUGCUCAACCUCCUCCAGUGCUUCACCCUAGAGGCCAUCACCUUCUUCAACCCCCUGCUGGUUGGGUGGUUGAUCACCUUCCUGGAAACGCCUGGGGAGCCGACCUGGCACGGCUACCUGUACGCCAUGUGCCUCCUGGCCGUGGGCAUGACGCGUUCCUUCAUUAAGAACACUUACUUCAAGCACGUGUUCACGAUCUCCAUCAGGAUAAGGACCGCCCUAAUGGCUGCCGUCUACAACAAGGCCCUUCACUUGUCGAGUGCCUCCCGCCGGGACUACACGGUGGGCAAGAUCGUCAAUCUGAUGGCAGUGGACACACAGACAAUCGGCGACGUGUACCUCCACCUCUACUACAUCAUCGUUGCGCCCUUCACCAUCAUCACCUGCCUCGCCUACAUCUGGACCCAGCUCGGCCCCUCAGCACUGGCGGGGCUCAUCGUGAUGGGGCUGCUCGUGCCCUUCAACAGCUUCCUCCUGAGCCGCAGCAAAAAGAUCAAUGUGAAGGUGAUGGCGAUUGCGGAUACGCGGGUCAAGGCCAUCAGUGAAAUCAUUAGCGGCAUCAAGGUGCUGAAACUGUACGCUUGGGAAACCUCCUUCACCGACAAUGUGAAGCACACCAGGAAGAAGGAACUCCGACUCCUGAAGGAACUGUCAAUACUGCGGUCGUUCAACUUGUUCUUGUUCACCACCACCCCUUUCCUCGUUGCGCUGGCCACUUUCACCUGCUACCUGCUGGUGUCUGAGGAGAACACGCUGGACCCACAAAAGACCUUCAUCUGCCUGACGCUCUUUGAUCUCCUGAAGCUGCCGGUCUUACAGCUGCCCGAAAUCAUUUCCAAUUUCAUUUCGGGCACCGUGUCCCUCAGGAGGAUAGAAACAUACCUCAACGUUGACGAACUUGACCCCCUUGCCGUCACUGCCAGCCCAGGUGAAGACGUUGCUGUGAAGGUGGAGGGCGGCUGCUUUGUGUGGGAGGGCGACGAGGAGCAGGCGAGCUGGAGGCUGGAGGACAUCAAGCUGAGCAUCCCUCACGGCCGGCUGGUGGCCCUGGUGGGCACUGUUGGCGCGGGCAAAAGUUCCAUCCUGUCAGCCCUCCUCGGGGAGAUGAAGAAGGACGCCGGCAGAGUGGUGGUCAAUGGCAGUGUAGCCUACGUGCCACAAAUUCCAUGGGUCCAAAAUGCUACCCUGCGGGACAACAUCACGUGGGGACAACCUUACGACCCCAAGCGCUACCGGAAGGUGGUGCGCGCGUGUGCACUCCUGCAGGACUUCGACAUGCUGCCCGCCGGUGACAUGACUGAGAUUGGCGAAAAUGGCAUCAACAUCAGCGGCGGACAGAAGCAGCGAGUGUCUCUGGCACGGGCGGUCUACAGUGACGCCAGCAUCUUCCUGCUGGACGACCCUCUCAGUGCUGUGGAUGCGCACGUUGGCAGGCACAUCUUUGACUAUGUGGUGGGGCCCAAUGGGAUGCUCAGAAACAAGACGCGUGUGCUGGUGACCCAUGCGGUGACCUUCCUGCCACAGGUGGACGAGGUGGCGGUGGUGGCAGAGGGGCGGCUGCGGGAGCGGGGGAGCUACACCGCGCUGCUGGCUGACGGGGGGGACUUUGCUAACUUCGUGGUGCAGCACAUCAAGGACCUGGAGGAGGAUGCUGAGGAGGAGCUGGAGGUGAUAUGCCAGCAGCUAGAGGGCCUUGGCAGCAGAGGGAGCCUGUACCGGCAGAUCUCGGAAACCAGGCAGUCAAUGAAGAGUAUGGGAAGCACUACCAAGGAGCAAGGAGCCAUGGAAGUAAACCUGAAUCACAGCCACUUCCAGUCAAAUCCUAUCCCACCAAAGCGACUCAGCCACAGCAGAGGGUCGGUGGACAGCAGGCACAGCAACUCUCAGGCCUUGCCACGCCUGCAGCACCAGCUCAGCACUACCAGCGACUCCAGAGUUACCAAUGGUUCCUCAACAUGUCUGAAUGGCAGCACCUCCUCCCUCAACAGACAUGCAGCCGAGGACAAACAUGAGCUUGAGCCUCUUGCAGGAAGUGUUAAAGGACAGACAUUAGUUCAGGAGGAGACAUCGGAGGUUGGAAGCGUCUCUCACCACGUGUACUCUGUCUACGGGCGGGCCAUGGGACUGCUGCCCACCAUCGCUGCUAUUGUCUGCAUGGCACUGGCUCAGACAAGCAGUGCCGGCAGCAGUGUGUGGCUGGCUCACUGGACCUCCUCCCAGCAGCCCCCCCUCACAGACACCACCAGUUUGAGAGACAGCACCAACUUUACAGAUGGCAUUAAUCUCACAGACAGCACCAGCCUCACAAAGCAUGCAAACCUUGAAUAUAGCACAAACCUUACAGACCUUAUCAGCUCAGCAGACACUGUAAACAUCACAGACAUAACUUACCUAGAUGGAAGGAACCUCACAGGCAGCACUGGCUUCACAGAGAGCAAGCCAGUGGACAGGGAUGUCUUCCUCGCUGUGUAUGGUGUCUUGGCAAUUUCACAAUCACUGCUCCUGCUCCUGGGCAUCCUGCUUAUGAUGGUGGGCUCAAUCAGGGCAGCCAACUCCCUCCACGCUCGCCUCCUCAGCUCAGUCAUUCACUUCCCCAUGAGCUUCUUUGACACCAACCCCAGCGGCCGCAUCAUCAACCGCUUCGGCAAAGAGAUUGACAAGCUGGACAAGAACCUUCCUCGGGUCCUGCGGAGUUUCUUAAUGACGCUGUCGCAGGUUCUGACGACGCUGGUGGUGAUCAUCACGGCCACGCCCUCCAUAACCUAUUUUAUAGUGCCAACAAUGGUGGUCUAUAUUGCAAUCCAGCAGCUGUUUGUGGCCGCCGCCAGGCAGGUCCAGCGCCUGGAGUCUGUCUCCAAGUCUCCCAUUUACUCUCACUUCAGCGAGUCUAUAAACGGUGUUUCUGUGGUGCGAGCGUUCAAGAGGCAAAAUGAAUUCUUCUCUCAGUCUCUCCAGAAGAUUGAAUUUUCUUUGAGAAGUAUCUUCACCAACAUCACCAUUAACAGGUGGCUCUCUCUUCACCUGGAAGGCUUGGGUAACCUGGUCACCUUUGCCACCGCUCUGUUUGGUGUGAUAAACCAGGAAACUGUCAGUCCAGGUGCUGUCGGCCUCUCCAUCACCUAUGCCCUCAGCGUCACAUUGCUGUUCAACUGGCUUGUGCGCACCGUCUCGGAUCUGGAGGCAAGCAUUGUGUCGGUGGAGAAGAUUUACGAGUACAUCCAAAUGCCUCAGGAAGCAGCAUGGAGGGUCAAAACAAACGUCCCCCCACCAGCAUGGCCCGAGGAAGGGGCUGUCGAGUUCAAGAAUUAUGAGACACGUUACCGGCCAGGCCUCAGUCUAGCAUUGCGGAACAUUACUUGCUUCAUCAGGCCAGCAGAGAAGGUUGGCAUCGUGGGCAGGACAGGAGCCGGGAAGUCUUCUCUGACAAUGGCACUCUUUCGCAUCAUCGAGGCCUCGGGAGGGAGAAUAGACAUCGACAAGAAAACCAUCGCAACCAUUGGCCUGCACGACUUGCGGGGCCAAAUCAGCAUCAUUCCUCAGGAUGCCGUCCUCUUUAGCGGCACACUCCGGAUGAACCUGGACCCCCUCAGCCAUCACUCAGACGCUGACCUGUGGCGUGCCCUCGAGCUGGCCCACCUCAGUGCCUACAUCCGCCGGCAGAUGCUGGGGCUGCAACAUCCGGUGGACCAAGGCGGUUCAAACUUUAGUGCGGGUCAAAGGCAGCUGGUGUGCCUGGCCCGGGCGUUGCUGCGACACUCCCAGGUGCUGGUGCUGGACGAGGCCACAGCAGCUGUUGACCUGGAAACUGAUGACCUCAUUCAGGCCACCAUCCGUACCCAGUUUGCAGAGUGCACCGUCAUCACUAUAGCCCACCGCCUCAACACCAUCAUGGACUCAGACAGGGUGAUGGUGCUUGAGGCUGGAAGGAUUGCAGAGUUUGAUGCCCCAGCAACUCUGCUGCAGCAGCCAAGUUCAAUUUUCUACAGCAUGGCCAAGGAUGCCGGCAUUGUGUGACUCAGACAUGAUUGCCCUGACACAUCAGUACUUCAUGUGUCAGCCAACAGAUGGUGACAUCUGUGGCUGAAAAUGAGACAGCCCAAUUAAUGUAAAACAUUUUUCAUUUUAACAUUCAUAAAAAUAACCUAGGCAGAGGCAUCAUCAUUAUCAUCCACAUCAUCCUCAUCCUCAUGUAAAAGCUAUGUUUGCUGAGGUUUAGUUGACAAUGUUAUGUAAUUUAAAAGCUGUAUUUUUGAACGAUGCAUCUGAAUGCUUCCUUACCUUUUUAAUACAGAAAGCCACCAUAGUGGAAAAGCAUUUUAUAUGUCAUUUUAUAUGUAAACAUAAUGUGUGACAAUAAACAGAAUUUGCAACAA